AUGUCUGUCGCGGGGCAUGAGUUCCUUGAGGACGAGGACUGUCUUCGCUGGGGCCUCCCCGAAGGCCUGCGCCUGAAGUUUGCAGCACCAAGCCAAGCCAGGCUGAAGCAGCGCGAUGAGAGGCGAGUGGGGCUGCGCUUCCUGUGCGGGGGCUGGAGGAAGUGGGAGAGGCCAAGCGGCACGCGGGGCAGCGGUCACGGGAAGCCCUCCGCCCCAGGUGGAAUGGAGCAGGUGGCACGGAGGGGAGGGGGCUCCUCCUCCUUCCUCGGGCAGCACCCCGGCCUCGGCCUGCAGCGGGCACUGGGGCACAGGGAGCUGAGAGAAACGAGGGUCAGAGAGGACAGCUCUCCUCCCGCCAGCCUCCCGGCCCCCGGACAGGACGGACUCAGAAACAGAAUGAAAGGAGUCAAACCCACACCAGAGAAGUGCAAAAAGGUAGGGGGUGGAGGCCCCCCCCGCUUCAACCCGGUUCCGACACGGGAGGGGCCCGAGCCAGCCCUCUGGGCCACAGGGGGUGAGGCCCCCGCUUCCCGCCACCCCAAACUCCUGCAAGCCCCCCGCCCCACCACCGCAUUAUGGCUAGUCCUUCAUGUAAGGCAUGAGAGAGGAGGGGCCCUGGCCUUCCCCUCCAAGGAUUGCCAAGGGGCCGGGACGCCCGGACAGAUGGCCAAGGACAUUCUAGUCUGCACGGGAGCUUGA